AGAGAGGCUGCUUGCGCUGAGCAGGAACCUCCGAGACCUUUCAAGUUCGUGACAGCACUACGUCGAUCGAGAACCUAACACGCCUUACAACAACUACCUAACUUGGAGCCAUAUUGCGGUUUCGCCCCACCUUCUUUCCUUUUGCGCAGUGAGACCAAUUAUCGCAAGGCCAUGAAUAUCUUCCCUCACAAGUUAUUAUUUUCCGGCCAAACAUUAUCCCGUUGACUAGCUUCACCCUAUCCAUCCAACGACCGCCGAUUUAUCCCUCCCUUCUCGAAUCAAUCAUGUCCUCUGCCACUCCCACCAUACCAACCUCGCCGCAGCGCCAAUCUGCGGACGAGGAUGCGUCUGCACCUACUAAUCCCGCUGUGAGAGCACAGUCAGACCCGCGUGAGCUCGACGGCGACAACAAUAGCUCCCCCGCCGACAUUUCCCAAUCUCAGAGCUCCCCGCAAUCCGACUCGGCCUCUGAACGCUCCGAAUUCGAGCCGUCCUCGCCGCCCCAACCCCAGACCGUCGAGGCCGCAGACGCGGUUCAAGACCCAGAGGCUGCUGCAGGCGUCCCUCCCCUCCCCGCCGAGCCUCUGCCCGUCGUCCCUGUCGACGACGGUUGGGACCCUCACUGGGUUGAGAACGACUGGUGGUUUUACAACCGUUUCACAGGAGUCUGGCAGAAGGAAAACCCGCGUGUACCCGAUGCUGCCGCCGUCCAAGCCGCAGCUGCAGCCGCCGACGCAGCAGCUGCGGCUCCACUUCCCCAGGCUGAGAAGGUUACUGUCCUUAGCAAUCCGGAGUCGAUUGCGGGUGGGUACAACCCGGCCAUCCACGGUGACUACGACGAGAACGCGUGGUAUGCCAAGAAGGCGCGCGCGGACGAGGCAGCCGCCGCCGCUUCCUCGCAGCUGGCGAUUCCCGGCGCCGCCAUCGCCGACCCAGCUUUGUACCUCGCGUCUGUCGCCGCCGCCGGAGGCGCCCCCGUCGCCACAGCCGCCUACUUCAACCGCCAGACGGGCCAGUGGCAGCAGCCCGACUUUGGGCCAGAGCGCCACACUGACGAGGCCAAGAGCAAGCGCCAGAUGAGCGCGUACUUUGACGUUGACGCGGCCGCCAACAUGCACGACGGCCGCAGCCUCAAAGCAGAGCGCUCGGGCAAGAAGCCGACAAAGGCGGAGCUGAAGGCAUUCAAGGAGAAGCGCCGCGUUAAGAAGGAAGAGAAGCGCCGCGCUUGGCUCCGCGACUGAGGGCAUUUCCUAGGAGGUCUAGAUGCAUUCUCCCUCCUAUAAAUAGCCCCGGUCUUGUCCCUUGUGUGUUUUUACUUUCGUCUUUCCUCACUAAUUGUCUAGGGUGGUAUGCUCCUUUUGGUACCAAGGAGCAAAGCAACGGAUGCCAAGGCCAGGCCAGGCCGGAGGGAAAAGAAAUUAUUCGGAGUCAA